GUUGAGGCCUGAGCCUGAGGUGGCGCAUGCAAUGAUGUAGCGCUAGGUACAGAUUGACACUUAGUACGCGCGGCGCGCAUCGACUUCGGACUUAGCCGGCCAUGCGCCGCCGCCUAGUAGCAGACUUUUUCAUCUCGAGGAGUUCACGUUCGCACUCAUAUCGCGCCCGUGAACUCCAGGUAUGUUCUACAUAUCUUGUAGUAUAUUUGGUACUCACCAAUAUACACGUUCGCACUCAUAUCGCGCCCGUGAACUCCAGCGCACGUCCGCUCAUUGCUCGUCGCCUCGUCCCCUUCGUCCGUAAGCGACCUCGUCUGUUGUUACUCUCCCCCGCGAAGUGGAAGGCGAUCACGGGUCCUGAGCUUGAGCUUGAGCUCGAGGACGAAGCGAAACGUGAGAACGGCUACGAGUUAUCUUGGCUGCAGUCCUUGCAAAGCCAAGAUAACGCGCAGACCACCGCGAUUCCGCGCAAGACGCAUGCGCUAUCCCAUACUAUCCCCUUGCACAUAAAUCACCAUUUGUCAUCCCACCGGCUUUCAUCCAUCUCGCCGAGUCCUCCUCCAGAUCUUCCACGCACAAGAUCUCCCGUCCCGUCGCGUCCUACUCAAUCCAGGAACAACACAACAAUCGUAACAAUCGACGCUACGUCCUGCAUUCCAUUCCAUUCCACGCUGGCCAGUCCCUGUAUAUACAAUAAUCAUGAGGACACUGCACAAAGCUGCUAAGGAAAGGAAUCAGUAAAGCUGUAAACGAGCACAUCACAGGCCCUCGAGCU